GGCUCUACCUUUGGUGCCCCAAAUGUCAGGAUGGUAGCAUCCUGCAGGACGUGUUCCAGGAAGACCACAGAGGCAAACUUUCCAGAUACCAUCGAGAAUUACUACUCCCAUCAGGAAGAGACCAAACCGAAUAUCUGAGCCAGCAAAAAUAGACUUCUUAUGAGCCAGGUGGCCUACUUCCUGAACUACCAGCUGAAGACAUACAAAGAUCGAAAAGAUCAUGAUGAAGAACAGAAAUGCAGAGACAGCAAAAAUAAACUUCUUAAUGAGUCAAGUGGCCUACUACCUGGGCUGCUGGCUGAAGACGGAAGUCCCUGGUUAUCUGUGUUCUGCCCCAAAUGUCAGCACGGUGGGAUCUGACAGGCCUCCUUCCAGAAAAAACACAGAGGUGAACGUUUCAGAAUGCAUUGAGAAAUCCUGCUCCCAGCAGGAAGAAAACAAACCAAAUUUCAGAGCCAGCAAAAAUAGACUUCUUAUGAGUCAGGUGGCCUACUUCCUGAACUACCGGCUGAAGACAUACAAAGAUCGAAAAGAACACGAAGAAGAACAGAAAUGCAGAGACAGCAAAAAUAAACUUCUUAUCACUCAAGUGGCCUACUACCUGGGCUGCCGGCUGAAGACGGAAGAAGAUCGAAAAGAUCACGAGAAGGAACAGAAAUACAGAGACAGCAAAAAUACACUUCUUAUGAGUCAAGCGGCCCACGACCUGGGCUGCCGGCUGACGACGGAAGAAAAUAACAAAGGUGAGGAUGAAGAUGUUCAUGUUGUGGAGGCUGAGAAAAUACAGGAAUCACGUGCCCCCAGGAAUCUGCAGGAGUCUAUGGAGGAGGAAGCCCCCCAGGAGUCCUGGGAUGAAGGUUAUCCGACUCUCUCAAUUCCUCCUGGCACAUCUGCCUUCAGUGAGUCUUACAGGAGCAACUUACACAAAUUAGAGGAGCAGCAAGUCAACUUGGCUGUCGACAUAGGCAAGAUUAAAAAGGACCAAGAAGAGAAAGAAGACCGAGGCCCACUGUGCCCCAGGCUCAGCAUGGAGCUGGUGGAAGCAGAAGAGCCUGAAGUCUUCUGGUACUCACUGGAUAUAUUGUGUUCAACAUAUACAGCGUAUCUCGAGUUUAUUACACGUGCCAGGCUUUAUUUGUAG